CUCAACAACAACUAGAAGGCGAACUGUUGCUCUCAAGAGAUUCCAUUAUACACUAACGAGCUAGGUACGAAAAGGUUCUUUUGAGUUAAAUAGAAGAUGUCAACGCUAACACAAAGAAGCAAUACCAAACAAAAACAAGGUUUGGCAGCAACACCAUCAUCUCACGAUGUUGCCAAGAACAAGGACAAUAAGAAAUCACCAUUCAGAGCUAUUCACUACAACAAGGAUAUUGUACAAACAACACCAGAAACACAAUGGAGACCAUAUCCAUGGUGUUUGUGGCCUGAUUGGGUCAGUGGUGUUAUGGGAAUGUGUGUGAUGGCUCCACUCACUCCUCCUCUCAUUGUCUUGUUGACAUUAUCUAAUGUUUGGAUGGCUGCUAUGCAGUGGUCCUGGAGCAAGUUUUUGAGUGUAACACCUCUCAUCAGAUCCAUUCCUGACCUUGUUUAUGAAAAGUUUGCCAAGUGGGCAGCCAAAAAGACCUUGAAUGAUGAAAAGAAUUCUGAAUUUAUUCCUUCUCUAAUUUGGUUGACCGUAUUGUGCCCAACCAUUCUUGCUGUUUCAACCUAUAGAUUCUAUCAUUAUGGAUUUGAAUUCUCUACCUUCUUCCUUUUCCACUUGUUACGUUUGGGACCUCGUUUCCGUUUCUUCACUCACUUGCACGUUCUUCUCCACAAAGAAGGACACGACCAUGAUGGUUUCUUUAGUUCAAAGAAGACCAAAUUAUUACACCUUUUAAACCAUUGGUAUGUUCAAUGGUUCUUGGGUCCAUUCUAUGGUCAAGUUCCAAACUCCUACUGUAUUGGUCACAACAAGAUCCAUCACAAGUAUGACAAUGGUUUGGAUGAUGUUCACACAAAUAUUGACUUGGAUCGUACUUCAUCAUGGAGUUUCAUUAUGUAUGCUCCAAGAUUUGGUGGCUAUUGGGUUGGUAUUACACCAUUCUUCCAUUUCCUCUUCACUGAAGAAUACCAAUUUGCUUGGGAUAUCUUGAAGGGAAUGAUUCUCUAUUAUGGAAUUUGGGUUCUUGGAUACUUUACUUUGGGAUUCACUUAUACUUUCUGUUACUUGAUUUAUCCACAAUUGGAAGCCAUCACUUUCUUUGCUGCCAUUUCUUAUAUGUGGCAUUUGUGGAUUGAUCCAAAGGAUCCAACUAAUCCAUACAUUAACUCUGUCACAAUUGUUAAGGGUCACGAUAACGUUUGGGGAGAAGAUUACCAUGCCAUUCACCACCAUGCUGUUCAUGUUCACUGGAAGGAUGCUGAUGAUCACUAUGAUGAUCAUGAAAGUGAAUAUGGAGAAAAUCAAGCAACAAUUUUCACUGAUUGUGAAGAAGGUGUCUUGUUGUACUGGGUAUUUAGUGGUCAAUGGGAUGAAAUUGCUUCUCACUUUGUCGAUAUGUCUGGUAAGAUGACCCAUGAUGAAAAGAAGGAACUUUUAAUUAAUAGAGCCAAAUGUACUUUUGGUAAAAAGACACAAUAUGGGUGGUCUCACAUGUUAAAGUUCUUUACCUCUAGUAAGAAUUAAAUUUUAAAAACAAAUAAAUUAAAAAUUAAUCAUU